AAAUAAUAUAAUAAACUAUAAACUGCUUUUGUUUUUAAUCUUAAUAAUAUAAUAAACAUUAAAAUGAACUUAAUGGAUGAUGAUUUUGCUGUAAAAAUAGCUGUACGGGAGCGUCCUCUUCGAGAAAUCUUUAAAAACAGUGGAGUUCCCAGUGCGAUAAACUAUCAUUCCUCAAAUUCUAAUAUUCUUGUUGUCGAUGAACGUCCCUUUGCAUUCGAUCAUGUCCUCCCGCCAAGUGUUUCACAGGAAGAACUUUUCAAUUUCUUGGUUAUGCCGCUGGUCAGCAAAGUCCUCCAAGGAUUCAAUUGCACGACACUUGCUUAUGGACAAACUGGAACAGGCAAAUCAUUUACAAUGGGACUUAAUCCAGAGAGCCUAGAAGGAAUAAAUGUUGGAAUGAUUCCUCGAUGCAUUCAAGCUAUUUUGGACAGUAAAAUGGAAAAUGAAUUGAACAAAAGUGAAAUAUCCGCUUCAUUUAUUGAAAUUUACAGCGAGAAGGUUUUCGAUCUGCUUAGUGAAACACCUUCCGAGCCAAUUAUUGCCAGAGGUUACAAAUUCACUGGUGGAACUAAAAAAACAAUGAACACCAUUCAAGAUGGUUACAAUUUGCUUCAUCAAGGCACCAAAAAUCGUCAUGUUCGUCCAACCAAAAUGAAUGCUCAAAGUUCUAGAUCUCAUGCAAUUUUCACCAUCUACGUUCGAAAUGAAAUCCAAAAUAAAAUCACACAAUCUUGUUUAAAUUUAGUUGAUCUCGCUGGAUCCGAGGGUGUUCGUCGUACAGGUCACCAAGGUGUAGCACUUUCAGAAGGAGUUCACAUCAAUCAAGGUUUAUUGUCAAUUGGUAAAGUUCUACAAGCAAUCACACAUGGAUACAAAGUCAUACCAUAUCGUGAUAGUGUUUUGAGUUCUGUUCUUCAAGAUUCCUUAAAUCCAAAUUCGUAUUUUACGUUGUUGGCGUGUAUCAGUCCACAUAGAGAGGAUCUAAGUGAAACGCUUUCCACCCUUAGGUUUGCUCAAAAUGCGAAAAAUCUUAAAAACAAUCCACAAAUUAACUCCAAAUUGAUGGAGUUAAAAAAAUCAAAAACACCUUAUAAAUCCAAUCCACUUCGGCCAAAGAAUACAAUAGCAACACCAACGCCAUGCAAAAGACCAUUCUCUCUUGCUAACAAUCCUAAUUUACAUGGAAAUACAUUUUGUACACCAAAUAAAAAACGGAAAACAGAAAAUCCAAUUUUUAACCGCACGGUUGUUGGAUUGACUCCUAAGGAAAAGCAAAAGAUUGGAACGGUAAAAAUGCCAGUUUCAAAAGUGGUUCCGUUCUCUUAUGAACCAUCAUCCGUGCGAGAAUCAAUAAAUUCGGAUAUAUUUAGUGAUUUAGAUCUUCUUGGCUCUCGUGCAUCAUUAAAUAUUUCAUCAUCUACCACCAUUGACGCACCACAGAAUAACAAGGCACCAAGUACUUAUAGCCCGAUUGUAAGAAAAUGCAUGGCAGAAGUUGAAAACACAUUCAAAUCAAGCAUGUCACAAUUUUUGGAAAACCUCAAAAGCACACAAUCGGUACAAAAACCCAGUCUUUUCAAUUCCUCACCAUUGAGCUGUGAACGUGAAAGAAUUCGAACUAUUAUUAGACAAGAAUUAUUUUCCCUAACUAGAGAAAAGAAUAGUGAAGAAAUUAGAAAAAUCGACAAUGGCAUUAAUAAGGAAUUGUUUGCUGAUGAAAGCAGUCCACUUUUUAAAAUUCCUGCUCUACCAGACAUAAAACAAACCCCGGACCCUUGCUCCAGUCUGUCAUUAGAUUUAAACUCGACAGAAAACGAGCAAUUUUCAAACAUAGAAGAAACAGUUCUCCCAGUUAAACCAUUGCGCAGAUCUCGAAGACUAUCUUCAAGAGCUCAAUCAUUGGGUGCAAAUAAUGAUUCUGUUAUUGUUCCAAAACGAAGAAGUACUAGACUUUCAAUAAAAAGUCUACACGAUGUCAGACGUCGAAGUAUUCGUUUAAUGUCACACAAAGAGCAUUCCCUUGAAGAAGUACAAGAAGAAUUAAAAACUCCUGUUAAACAAAAUGACAAACCAACGACAUCGAGAACAGUUAAGAAAUCGAAAAAACCAGCUGGAUCUUUGGUACAAAAUCCUACAAUUGCUGGGUAUUUUGAAGGGAAGGAGAACAAAUCAACAAAUCUUAAAUCGAAUCUUGCCAAACAUCAGAAGGCAAUUUUGGAAAUGUUAAAUUCUGCAUCAAUGAAAGAAUUGCAGUAUUUACCCCAAAUUGGUUUGAAAACAGCAUUCCAAAUUGUAACUCAAAGAACGCUUCAUGGUAAAUUUAAAAAUUUUACUCAAGUGAGCAAGUUGCCUAUUUGGAGGGGAAAAGCCUGGGAACGUUUUAAAGAAGCAAACAAUAUAAGCUGAUUGAUUACUUAACUUUAAGGAAAACACACAUGCUUUUUUAUUCAUUGAUCAUUUAUUCACUAGUGUAUAUAAAUAAGAUAGUAACUAAUAUAAAAAUUAUUUUUAAUUUUGAA